AUGACAUCAAACGUUUUGAUGGUUGUUCCUACUCAACGUCCUUUCCUUAUACUGAAACUUCCAUUACUCAUUUUCGAUGCUGUAACAAAGAUAUGGAAUCCUUUCGAGCUGUAUAACUUCUCAAAAAUAUCGAAAAAGACAAAGUCAUUAGCAAAGUCAAUUAGCAAAAGGCCGUUCUCACUUAGCUUAAUCGAUUGGGCACCGUUCGAAGUUUGGCUUGAAUUCGGAACAAAAGACUCGGAUCGUUGGAUGUUUAGGCCUACUUCGAUUCAAUCCGAAGAUAAAUAUCUUAUUGAGAAUCAGAUUCAUAGAUAUUUCCGCUUUUAUGCUGCGAAUCCAUUUGAGAAGAGUGUAGAAGUAUUAGAGCAGUUAAUGGAUAUAUUCAACACACCAUUGUAUGGGUUAUAUCUCGAAUCUAAAACUGGUCGAAAUGUUGUCGAUUACCUUCUCAGGUAUGCGAAUGAACUACCACAAGAUUCAUAUCAAACACUUCAUCUCUCAUGUUCGAAAUUAGAAGAUAUUCAUCAUUUACUGGAGACAAACAAAAAGAAAGUGGAUUCAUUGUCGGUAGAGAUCUAUAAUGCAGAAGAUCCCAAAUUGAAACAAUUGUCAUUGUCUCGUCAGUUGUAUAACGAACUCAGAAUUUCCAAUCUUCAAAUGGAAAGUUCAUAUCUCCUGACUGCUUUGGACGUUAUCGAAAUCGACCUGUAUAAUAGUGAAUUGACUAAUCAAUACUUGAACUCAUUCCUCAAAAAUCUAAUAGCUGGGAAAUCUAAUUCAAGACUAAAGAAGGCCUUCAUUAGAACACAUGACGUUAUCAAUCUAAGGGAAAUUUUAGAUGGAAUUCCAUUUGUAAAAAGAGAUCCGAGGACAACGAAAAGAUGUAUCGAAAUUGAGUAUUUCCUUGGGAAAGAAUUAUCCUGGAUCUUUGGUGGAUAUGACAUUCAACUUAAUGACGGAAGAACUGCAACACUCCAAUGGCAUAAGUUUUUAAGGGAAUCUGAGAAUUCGACGGUUCCAUUGAGAUGGAUUCAGAAGUAUGAAGACGUGAAUGAGAUGGAGGAUAAUGUUGAUCCAGAAGCAGAUGAAAAUGAGUAUCACGAAGUGGAAGACGGAGAAGAAACGGGAAGAUUCACAUGUAGCUCUUAUCUCAAAUCACUAACUAUUUCUGUUUGGUAA